AUGUGGAGAAAGCUGCGACACUUGCUGAUUUUCCUUCUCAUCAUCCUGAAGGAGCCCAACACGCCAGAAGCUGGCUGCAGCUGUUCCACAUCCACAUUCUGCCAGAUAAGACCUCUGUGGUUCACACGGAGAACUCCUUGCUGCAACUGCGAUGGGCAGAACCUCACUGGCAUUCCUCCCGACCUCCCAGAAAACAUUGCUUUCUUAUAUUUAGGAAAUAAUAAGAUAACCAGCUUCCCCCAGAACAUUCCAAAAUCCAUCGGUCAGUUGGAAUUGGAAAAUAACCAGAUACGUAGCAUUCCUCCUGGUGCAUUGUCAUGUCUACUCCAGCUCGUAGAGUUGAACCUGGACAAAAACGGGAUAACUAACGUUAAACCCGGGACGUUCUCUGAUCAUAAAAUGCUGUACACUGUGUGCCUGUCUUCAAACAACAUAACAGAAAUCCAAACUGGUACUUUCUCAAAUUUGCCCGAGCUCAAAAGGUUGUUUUUGCAUGACAACCAGAUAAAUCAAAUUCAGCCUGGUGCUUUCUUGAAUCUACCCAAACUCUGGUCCUUGGGCCUGCGCUCCAACCGAAUGACUUCCAUCCGCCCAGGCACAUUCACUAACUUACCAAAGCUCGAAUAUUUGGACCUGGAGGCAAACCGGCUAUCUGUCCUUCCCCAGUCUGCCCAUGGUAUGUUGCCAGCAGGCAUCAGAAAGAUAAUAUGUUUUGAGAAAAAUCCCUGGCAGUGCGACUGUCGGAUGCGUCCCUUCAGACUGAAAAUGACAGGGUCUGCUAAAUUCGAAAACAAGAUAACUUGUGAACACCCUGCCCACCUCCGCGGACAAAAGCUUAAAGACAUAAAUCCCGAAGACCUGAUCUGUAAAGAGACGACCGCAUCAACACUGCCUUUUGAUAGUCAUACCUCUUCUGCAGUGUCUACAUCUUCUUCGUUUGCCAGCACAGAAAGUACUACUAGCCCCACAGCACAUCCUCUUUCUUACAGAUAG